AUGUCUGCAGCGUCUCCAGAAAGGCCCUCUCGGCGGGCGGCUGCGCGACGGAAAGUGGUAGUUGACGAGGAUAACAGCUCGGACAUCGAAAACAGCGUCGCCAGUCGCAGGCCGGACGAAGAUGAGGAGGAAGAAGAAUUUACACCCGCGCCAGCGCGUAGCACAAGAUCGUCACCGCGACGGAAGACUACUGGAGCUACUGCGACAACACCCAAGCGACGAGCGGCUGCCGGCAGACGGACGAAGACAGGCGAGUCUGUGGACAUGUCGCAGAUUGAGCCCUCACAAAUAUUCAGCCCACCCGAAAGUGUGGCAGAUGAACCGCUAUCGCCAACCAAAAAGUCACCACCUAAGAGGCGGACUGUCAAGGAUGCGCGCACAGCACGGAAAAGCAGAGUCAGCAGGGUUUCGAUAGCAACGGAUGCCGAGCUGAACGCUUCACUGUCACACCUCCCAACACCAGGACCUUCUGCUUCGCCCGAGCCAGCGACUACGCCACGACAAAGCAUACCCUUGACCGACAUCACAGAGUCAGCCAUCAAUGACCGAACACCAAGAGUGGCCGAACGUCACGUGGACGUCCCACUAGAAGACCUCACGGAAGUAACCGAGAACGUUCAAACGCCCAAGGCAGAAGUAAAGAUGGAGGUCAAGAAGGUGGAUCCGAGUGUCACGAAGCUUGACAAGCCCAUGGAUAUCGUGGUCCGGACGAAAGCAUUAGGCAUACCACAAUCGACAGAGCCUGUAGUUCCGAAGGCGCGCAUGACUAUAACAUAUCUCAUCCUCACGAAUUUCAAGUCGUACGCUGGAAGGCAAGAAGUCGGACCCUUUCAUGCAUCCUUUUCAUCGGUCGUUGGACCCAAUGGUUCCGGCAAAUCCAACGUUAUUGACUCACUGCUAUUCGUAUUUGGCUUCCGAGCAAGCAAGAUGCGGCAAGGCAAGAUCUCAGCACUCAUACACAACAGUGCACAGCAUCCGGAUCUUGACCAUUGCGAAGUAGAAGUACAUUUUCAGGAGGUCAUGGACCAGCCCAACGGCAGCAGUACGGUUGUUCCGGAUUCGCAGCUGAUUGUGUCUCGUCGAGCAUUCAAGAACAAUAGUAGCAAGUACUACAUCAAUGGCCGAACGUCUGACUUCACGACUGUCACCACCCUUCUCAAAGGACGAGGCAUAGAUCUGGACCAUAAGCGUUUUCUCAUCUUGCAAGGUGAGGUGGAGUCAAUUGCGCAGAUGAAGCCCAAAGCUCAGACCGAGCACGACGAUGGUUUGCUGGAAUAUCUGGAGGACAUCAUUGGCACCUCAAAGUACAAGCAGUCAAUCGAGGAAGCAGCGACCGAGACCGACCAGCUGAACGAGUUGUGCUCGGAAAAGAGCUCUCGGGUUCAGCAUGUUGAGAAAGAGAAGAACGGGCUGGAAGACAAGAAGAAUAAAGCUGUGGCAUACAUCAAUGAUGAGAACGAGCUAGCGAUGAAGCAGUCGGCUCUGUACCAGGUCUAUGUUGCAGAGUGCGGUGACAAUCUGCAAGUAGCUGAGGAAGCCAUGGGUCAAAUCCAGGAGCAUCUCAACGAGGAGUUGCAGAAGCAUGGCGGUAGUGAAGAUAAUAUCAAGCGCCUGGAGAAGCAGCACAAAGCCGGUUUCAAGGAGUACGAGAAGCUUGAAAAGGACACUCAAGAGGUCGUGAAGGAAAUGGCAAAGCUUGACAAGGAGAACGUCAAAUUCGAGGAGAAGAAGAAGUUCCUUGAAAACAAGCGCAAGAAGCUCGAUAAGACUGCUGAGAGCUCCAAGUUCGGCGCGAAGGACUCCGAGACUCUUGCGAAGCAGGCAGAUGAGGAUGUGGCGCGCUUGAAUACGCAAAUCGGCGAGCUUGAGGAGAACAUUGCGGAUGAGGAGAAGGAGCUGGCCAGGAUCCGCGAGUCGCUCAAGGGGAAGACUCAGGGCCUCAGCGACCAGAUUGCGGCGAAGCAGAAGCAGCUAGAGCCAUGGAGUGCAAAGAUCAGCGAGAAGCAGAGUUCCAUGGCAGUCGCACAGAGCGAGCUUGAUAUCCUUCGUGAACGUGAAAGCGCUGGUUCAACGGCUACUGCCGAGAUCAAGGCGAAGAUUGCGACAUUACAGGAGCAGCGAGAGACCAAGGCUUCUGAAUUGGAAGAGUGUAAGAAGCACCGGAAGUCAGCCGAGAAAGAAACGCAAAACGUGCAGAAGCAGGUCGAUCAGUUGGCUUCGCAAGAGCCUGCCCUAAAAUCCAAACUAUCUGGUGCUCGUGCAAAGGCUGACGAAGCGCGCGCAAGUCUGUCGGCAACACAGAGCCAGGACAAUGUUCUUACUGGUCUUACGCGUCUGAAGGAGUCUGGCCGCAUUGACGGGUUCCAUGGUCGACUCGGUAAUCUUGGUGCGAUUGACCAGAAGUACGAUGUUGCCAUAUCCACAGCAUGUCCAGCGCUUGACAAUCUGGUCGUCGAUACCGUCGAGGUCGGUCAGCAAUGUAUCGACUACCUACGCAAGAACAAUUUGGGCCGAGCCAACUUCAUUCUGCUGGAUCGACUACCGCAGCGCGACCUGUUGCCUAUCGACACUCCAGAAAAUGCCCCACGACUCUAUGACCUGGUCAAGAGCAAGCAUGAUCGCUUCCACCCGGCCUUCUACAGUGUGCUCCAGAACACCCUUGUGGCCAAAGAUCUUGAGCAGGCGAACCGUAUUGCUUAUGGUGCCAAACGAUGGCGAGUAGUCACACUCGAUGGUCAACUCAUCGACAAGUCUGGUACCAUGAGUGGUGGCGGUACGAGAGUGGCGAAAGGUGGCAUGAGCUCGAAGCUCAGUGCCGAUGUCAGCAAGGACCAAGUCGCGAAGAUGGAAGUCGAUCGCGAUGGCCUUGAGCAACAGUAUGCCGAGCUUCAAGAACAACAACGAGAUCUGGAGUCACAACUUCGAGAGUUGCAAGACCAGGUGCCGAAGCUCGAGACACAAGCACAAAAGCUUAGCCUAGAACUUGACAGCAUUGAGCGCAACAUUGCUGACGGCGAGAAGCGAAUUCAGGAGCUAGCAGCAGAAGCACAGCCAUCGAAGUCGGAUAAGUCUAAGCUCGCUGGUCUGGAAAGGUCCAUUGACAAGAUGCAACUCGAUAUUGAAAAGCUGCAGUCUGAGACAGCUGGCAUCGAGGAUGAGAUCAAGGAGCUACAAGACAAGAUCAUGGAAGUCGGCGGUGUAAAGCUGCGAGUGCAGAAGGGUAAGGUUGACGACCUCAAAGAGCAGCUGACUCUACUCACUGGCCGCAUGGGCGAUGCAGAGGUAGCGAAGACCAAGGCAGAGAAGCAGCGUGUGAAGCAUGAAAAGUCGCUUGAUGAAGCUACCAAGGAGCUCGACAAGCUCGGAGCAGAUCUUGAGAAGGUCGAGACUGAUCGCAAAGCACAGAAUGCCGAGACCUCUGAAUUCCGAAAGCAGGCCGAGGAAGCUGAGCAAGCACUUGAGGAGAAGAAAGAACAGCUUGCAGAGGUCAAGGCAGAGCUGGAUCGCAUCACCGCUGAGAUGAACGAGAAUCGUGGUGUCGAGGUCGAGAUGCGGAACAAGCUAGAGGACAACCACAAAAUUCUCGCCGACAAUCAAAAGCGGCUCAAGUACUGGGAGGAGAAGCUGAGCAAACUUGCCUUGCAAAGCGUGAGCGAAGACGGGGGAGAGCUGGAGCCAGAACCGUUGCCCGAGCUAAGUAGAGACGAGCUCGAAGGCCUGGACAAGGAAGACCUGAAAGCCACCAUCGCCGCCCUCGAAGAACGCACAAGCCAGCACGUCGAACUCUCCGUCCUCGCCGAAUACCGCCGCCGCGUAACAGAAUACAAUACCCGCCUCGCCGACCUCACUACCUCCCUCACCGCCCGCGACGCAGCCAAAUCCCGCACCGACGAGUUCCGGCGCUUGCGCCUCGAAGGCUUCAUGGAAGGCUUCAGCAUCAUCUCCAUGUGUCUGAAGGAAAUGUACCAGAUGAUCACCAUGGGCGGUAAUGCUGAGCUUGAACUCGUGGACUCGCUCGAUCCCUUUUCGGAAGGCAUCUUGUUCUCGGUGAUGCCGCCGAAGAAGAGUUGGAAGAAUAUUGGGAAUUUGUCGGGUGGAGAGAAGACGCUGAGUUCGUUGGCGUUGGUGUUUGCUUUGCAUCAUUAUAAGCCGACGCCGCUUUAUGUUAUGGAUGAAAUUGAUGCUGCUCUUGACUUUCGCAAUGUGUCGAUUGUGGCUGCUUAUAUCAAGGAGAGGACGAAAAAUGCACAAUUCAUCGUCAUCUCUUUGCGGAAUAACAUGUUCGAGCUUGCUUCACGACUAGUGGGCGUGUACAAAGUCAACCAUAUGACGAAGAGUGUGACGAUCGAAAACAAGGAUUAUAUUGUCCCACGAACCCAAACAGCAGUAGCCCAGGCGACAUGA